AUGGAUGACCCACCGCUAGCCAGUCUAUCGCUGACACACGUUCGAUACAACCCCGCCGACCCUCUCUCGUACAUUUCCGCACACCUCGCUCUGGUCCCGCAAGCACUCAUGAUCGCAUACGUCUCGCUGAUAUGGGGCACCCGCGAGAUCGAGAUUCUCCUCAUGUUUACUGGACAGCUGGGAUGCGAGGCUCUUAACUGGUUACUGAAGAGAUACAUAAGAGAGGAGAGACCAAUUCAAAUGCUAGGCAAAGGCUACGGUAUGCCCUCGUCCCACGCCCAGUUCGUCGCCUACUUCUCCACCUUCCUCACUCUCUUCCUCCUCUUCCGACACGAUCCACACAACCAUCCCAAUGCCUCGCAUACACACCUCCCCAUACCUCUCUGGCAGCGUUUGGGACUUGGAGCGUUGGGCUUGGUCAGCGCCGCGGCUGUCGCGCAGAGCAGGAUAUACUUGAAUUAUCAUACGCCAAAGCAGGUGUACACUGGUGUUGCGGCGGGCGUGAGCUGUGCUGUUGCAUGGUUCGUGGUGACAAGUGCGGCGAGGAGGUAUGGCGUGAUUGAUAAGAUCUUGGAGCUACCGCCGGUGAAGUGGUUGAGGUUUAGGGAUUUGGUGGUUAAUGAGAGUUUGGAGGAUGCUGGGUGGCAUCGGUGGGAAUUGGCGAAGCAGAAGAGGGCGGAAUUGGUAGGGAGGAAGCGGAAGUGA